AUGUCUCAGAGACCAAGAGCUCCCAGGUCAGCCCUUUGGCUUCUUGCUCCCCCAUUAUUGCGGUGGGCACCUCCUCUCCUCACAGUACUGCACAGUGACCUCUUCCAGGCUUUACUGGAUAUCCUGGACUAUUACGAGGACUCCAUCUCAGAGAGUCAGAAAUACCGCUACCAAGAUGAAGACACGCCCCCUCUGGAGCACAGCCCGGCCCACCUCCCCAACCAGGCCAAUUCUCCCCCUGUGAUUGUCAAUACAGACACCCUAGAAGCCCCAGGAUAUGUGAACGGGACCGAGGGGGAGAUGGAAUACGAGGAGAUCACAUUGGAAAGGGGUAACUCAGGUCUGGGCUUCAGCAUCGCAGGUGGCACUGACAACCCACACAUUGGUGACGACCCAUCCAUUUUCAUCACCAAGAUCAUUCCUGGCGGGGCUGCAGCCCAGGAUGGCCGCCUCAGUGUUAUAGCCACCUUUGAUUUUAACAUCCCUGCUUACUCCCAGCACCUGGACAACGAGAUCAGUCACAGCAGCUACCUGGGCACUGACUACCCCACAGCCAUGACCCCCACCUCCCCUCGCCGCUACUCCCCAGUGGCCAAGGACCUGCUUGGGGAGGAAGAUAUUCCCCGAGAACCGAGGCGAAUUGUGAUCCACCGGGGCUCCACGGGCCUGGGCUUCAACAUUGUGGGGGGCGAGGAUGGUGAAGGCAUCUUCAUCUCCUUCAUCCUGGCCGGGGGCCCUGCGGACCUAAGUGGGGAGCUGCGGAAGGGGGACCAGAUCCUGUCGGUCAACGGUGUUGAUCUCCGCAAUGCCAGUCAUGAGCAGGCUGCCAUUGCCCUGAAGAAUGCGGGUCAGACAGUCACGAUAAUUGCUCAGUAUAAACCAGAAGAGUACAGCCGAUUUGAGGCCAAGAUCCACGAUCUCCGGGAACAGCUCAUGAACAGCAGCCUGGGCUCAGGAACUGCCUCCCUGAGGAGCAACCCCAAACGGGGUUUCUACAUCAGGGCCCUGUUUGAUUAUGACAAGACCAAGGACUGCGGCUUCCUGAGCCAGGCCCUGAGCUUCCACUUUGGGGAUGUGCUUCACGUAAUUGACGCUAGUGAUGAAGAGUGGUGGCAGGCACGGCGGGUCCACUCUGAUAGUGAGACCGACGAUAUUGGCUUUAUUCCCAGCAAACGACGGGUUGAGCGACGGGAGUGGUCAAGGUUAAAAGCCAAGGACUGGGGCUCCAGCUCUGGAUCACAGGGUCGAGAAGACUCUGUUCUGAGCUACGAGACAGUGACACAGAUGGAAGUGCACUAUGCUCGCCCCAUCAUCAUCCUUGGCCCCACUAAGGACCGAGCCAAUGAUGAUCUUCUCUCUGAGUUCCCCGACAAGUUUGGAUCCUGUGUCCCUCAUACGACACGGCCUAAGCGGGAAUAUGAGAUAGAUGGCCGGGAUUACCAUUUUGUAUCGUCCCGGGAGAAAAUGGAGAAGGACAUUCAGGCACACAAGUUCAUCGAGGCUGGCCAGUAUAACAGCCACCUCUAUGGAACCAGCGUCCAGUCUGUGCGAGAGGUAGCCGAGCAGGGGAAGCACUGCAUCCUUGAUGUCUCCGCCAAUGCUGUGCGGCGGCUGCAGGCGGCCCACCUGCACCCUAUCGCCAUCUUCAUUCGCCCCCGAUCCCUGGAGAAUGUGCUAGAGAUUAACAAGCGGAUCACAGAGGAACAAGCCCGUAAAGCCUUCGACAGAGCCACCAAACUGGAGCAGGAGUUCACAGAAUGCUUUUCAGCCAUCGUGGAGGGUGACAGCUUUGAGGAGAUUUACCACAAGGUGAAGCGUGUCAUCGAGGACCUCUCAGGCCCCUACAUCUGGGUUCCAGCCCGAGAGAGACUCUGAUUCCUGCCCUGGCUUGGCCUGGACUCGCCCUGCCUCCAUCGCCUGGGCCCUUGGUCUGGACUGAAUUGCCCAAGCCCUAUACAUCCCCAGUCUCCCUCCCAUUCCUUCUUAUUUAUUUCCUUUCUAACUGGAUCCAGCCUAUUGGAGGGGGGGACACUCCUCUGCAUGUAUCCCUGCACCCCAGAACUGGGCUCCUGAACCCCAGGAACCUGGGGUCUGGGUGGGGGAGCAGGGCUCCUGGCUUCAAGCCCUUGCUCCUUAGAACCCCACCCCCUGCCCUCUCCCAAUGCACACACAGACCCACUGGGGGCUGCUGCCUCCCCCAUCUUCUCCCAUACACAUUCCAGAAGUCGGGGGUCCUCUCAAGGAACACCCUCAAUAGGGAUGCAGAGCCCCAGGCCUCUGCGCUCCCCUGAGGCAGGGUCUGGGGUCAUCCCUGCCCCUCCCCCAUCAUAAUUCCCCACGUCCCUUGAGUUCUCAUUUAUUUUCUCCAUUUUUUUUCCUUCUCAAAGGUGGUUUUUGGAGGGAGAAGUAAGGGGUCCUUCUGUGGGUUCCCUGCCUUCCACAUGCCCCCCCCUGCCCCCCACCUUUUUUCUUUGCCGGUUUGCAUGAGUGGAAGGUCUAACUGUGGCUUUUUUUUUUUUCCUGGGAUUUUUUUUUUCUUUUUACUUUUUUCUUUUUUCUUUGGGAAAGGGGAGGGAUGGGUCUAGGGACUGGGGAAGUGGGAGGGAGGUGGGAGGGCUGGGGUCAGGGGUCGGGUGUCUGGGAGCCAGGGGAAGACUGGAAAUGCUGCCGCCUUCUGCAAUUUAUUUAUUUUUUUCUUUUGAGAGAGUGAAAGGAAGAGACAGAUACU